AUGAAAUUUCUGAUCCUCGCCUGUGUUGCUGCCGUGGCCGUCGCCGCUCCCCAGUACAGUUAUGGGGUUCCUUCUGCUGAGUCUAGCGAGGAAGUCGCUGCUCCCCAGACCAGAUAUGGCGCUCCUCGUGCUGCAUCUAGUGAGGAGGUCGAGUUCGUGCCAAUCCUCAAGGACGACCGCGUCCAUGAGGAAGAUGGAACUUACAACUUUGACUUCGAAGCUGCCAACGGCAUCAGCUUCUCCCAGGCUGGAUCCCCCGACGGUGAUGACGACGCUGUGAUCAAGGCUGGAGAAUACUCUUACACCGCUCCUGACGGCACUGAAGUCCAUGUCAAGUACGUGGCCGACGAGAACGGCUUCCAGCCCCAGUCCGACGUCCUCCCCGUGGCCCCCGCUUUCCCCCACCCGAUCCCUCAGUUCGUCCUCGACCAGAUCGCCUUCGCCGCCGAGGAGGACGCCGCCCGCGCCCGUGCUGGUGAUGAUUCCGACGAAUACAGCUAUGACGCUCCUGCUGCGUCCAGUGAGGAGGUUGAGUUCGUGCCGAUCCUCAAGGACGACCGCGUCCACGAGGAAGACGGAACUUAUAACUUCGACUUCGAAGCUGCCAACGGCAUCAGCUUCUCCCAGGCUGGAUCCCCCGACGGUGAUGACGACGCUGUGAUCAAGGCUGGAGAAUACUCAUACACCGCUCCUGAUGGCACUGAGGUCCAUGUCAAGUUCGUGGCUGACGAGAACGGCUUCCAGCCCCAGUCCGACGUUCUCCCCGUGGCUCCCGCGUUCCCUCACCCGAUCCCUCAGUUCGUCCUCGACCAGAUCGCCUUCGCCGCCGAGGAGGACGCCGCCACCGCCCGCGCCGCCGAGGAAGAUUCCGACGAAGUUGCCGCUCCAUCCACUCUCUACGGCCGCCCCAACUAA